UUGUUAUAGUUGUUUCUUUUGCGGAUUGUUGUCAUGAUCAUUAUUGAUCCGUACCGUGAUGGGUACAAUCCCCAUGAAAUAUUCCAAUUGGAAUGGUAUUUUGAGUUCUUCCAUGCGACAAGUGACCACACAGGCAAUGGCACAAUAGGUUCCAAAGGCGGCACAAAAGUGCCAUAGUACAUGAGGAGUAAUGCCUCUGAGAAGUGGUAGUAGUAGUCCAUCCAUGGCAGUAUUAUUAUUGUCAACAAUAUCCAAAAUGAAGUUGCAAUAAUGCAUGUCCAAAACCCAAACGGGAAAUGCCACCAGACAAAAUGUCACCACGGAGCGACUGGCAAAAUACCAAGCGACAUGUCCUCGUUUGUGUUUGUCGCGUCCCAAAAUCAGAUUGUAUCCUUGAUAGAGCAGUGUAAAGACGCCUCCGGCAUAGACAAAAAAGAAAAUGACGUAUCGAUCUCGAAAUCGAUAAUAGACGACCGUGUGAAUGAUCGUAAUGAGAGCAAACAAGUAGGGCAACCACGGAUACUUGGGUUUGCCAAAGGGAGCCCUGACCUCGAAUACCAUGAAACUAAUGCAAUUGUUCAUGUAGAGCAUGGGCAAUUCAUCGCUGGCUUGAAAGAUCCAAUGCAACGACAGAUGCAAUCCGGUCGAUCCGACACCGAUCAACCCUAAAAUAGAAUAGGCCAAGACGGUGCGCUUUUCGCCGGUUGGAUUGUUCCAAAUCGCUCCAAUCAACCCCAGCGAGGCGAUUCCCAACAGACUGCUCCACGUGUUGUGGAAUUCCACAAUCGUGUCAAAAUGCAGAUAGUUGGUCUCGCAGAAAUCAAUGCUGCUCGAGUGAGGUUCCCAAAACUUGUAGUAGUUUGAUGGCGUAGUUGUUGUCAUGGUGGUGGUGGUGAUUGUCAUUUGUCACUUACUUCUUUUGCAGUGCAUGCUUUUUCUUCAUCAUUGGGUGCUUUUUCCAUUUCUCUAAUUUUCUAUUUUUAUUUUCUAAAAAUGUCGAAAAGAAAAUUCAAAAAGUCUUCCGCAUCCUCACCUUGCUUCCUCAUCUUUCUCUUUGACAGUCGACCAUGUCGGACGAAGCGUAUCUUGGCCUUGGCUACUCCUCGUAUGGUCACCAUGGAGAUGGGGGAGCAAUAGGAGGCGAUGGAAUGGCGGGCGGUGAUUUGCUGCAAUCGCUGAUGCAACAAUGCCUCAGUUACCACGAAGAGCAACAACAACAACAACCAGCACCACCAUCAAGAGCACCAUCAAGAGCACCACCCGUGCUAUCCGAGGAACGAGUCCCAAAUGAAUCUGGAUUCAUCAAGGGAGACACAUACGAGCGUCUUGUGGACUCAGUAGUGCCGCCGCCGCAAUGGCCGACCAGUGCGACGACCCUUCCAGCUCCAACUACUACUACUACGACAAAUGUUAAUGUUAGUGGUAGUACUCCAGAGGCAGCUCCUACCAACGACACCAACGACAACAGCAAGGAUCCAACGAUGACGAAAGUGGAAGAAGGCCGUGCCCGAGCCAACGCCAUUUUGGAGAAGUUUCGGAGACUGGAACAAGCGCAUGGUGCUGCUGCUCCUCUAACGACUACUUCUACUUCCGGCUGUCCUCUACUAGUGAACAGCAACAAUGAGUACCGACAAAAGCGACAAGUUUGUUUGGAACAAGAAGCACAACGCAAAAAACAAUUCUGGAUCAAAAAUCUCGAGUACGUCACGAAACGCAGUCAAAAACAGUUGCAACAGCAAUUAAAACAAAUCAAUCAAGCACAACAAUGGGAAUCCCAAGUCCAAGAACAAUACCGAUUGGCAUUGGAAGCGCGGAAAAAGAGAUUGCACUCGACCACCACAACAAAUACUAGUACUACGCAGGCGGGCAUUGGAACGGCCAAACGAAACCGGGUCGAACGGGAAUUGCAAAAGACUACCCACAAUCAUUUACAACAAACUGCGACGAUCUACUUGACGGGAAUACCCACCAAUGGGUCGGUACCUGAAACGACCAUUCAAAAUCUAUUCUCCUCGUAUGGAACCAUACGCAAAGUGCACUAUUAUAGAGACAAACAAACGGGAACCCUCAAGGGGGAUGCCUUGGUGGUAUUUCAGUCAUCCAAAAACAAAAAUGAGGAACUCUUGCAAAUGGUUUGUUCACAGAUGAAUGGAGCGGAACUUCCUUGUGGUUCGAUUCUUCAGGUGCAGCCAGCAGACUCCAAUUAUCAACAACAGCAACAGUUACUAUCGUCGUAUGGGCCACCGAAAACUGGUGACACUAGCAGUUCCAAUGCAAACAUUAGAAAAGCUCCUCCUCCAGAUGGAUCCAAGGAUACUGAAACUGGUGCUACCAAAGAAAACGGCGAUGACGACGACGAAGACCUGGACGACUUUUUUGAAUCAUUAGAAUGAAAAAAAGUCGGAAAGGGCUCUCGCAGGCGGUCACUUUGCUACGAUGGUCCUUCAUACCGUACUACGGGCUGAAUGGUUUCCGUGGUCGGUUUCAAUAUUAUCGAUGACUCGACUCAUACGGAAUGGUAAAAGAGCCACCU